AUGAAUAAAGAUUGCAAUAAAGAUUCUCAAAAAAAUGACGAAACUGUCUCUCUGAAAACAACUCUAAAUGCACUCCUCACAGCGACCUUAAAUCCUGCAUAUAGCGGGUUCGUUUCUUUGGGCGAACUUUGCUCGUAUUUCCCAAGCCAAUUCACUUUAGAUGUUAAGUUUUUAUCCAUCAACAUUCAAGUAGACCCUAUAGUCGAUGUCGAUGAUGCCAACGUUGAACUUUCAUUUAAAGACAUUGAUGCUGACGCCACUAACCCAGAAGAUGAAAAUAAGAAAUGUCAGAAUUCUGAUUCAGAACAGAAGACUUUGACAUCUAGUAUAAAUGAAUAA